AUGACGUGUUCAUCACCAAUGCGACAACAACAUACAAAUUUAACUGUACUUGAUGUAUAUGAUGAAGCUGCAUUAAUAGGCAAAGAUUUUGAACGUAUUAUUGAAGCAUAUGGAACUGAAACAAUUCGUGAUCUUGUACCAAAAGUAAUACGUAUACUUGAAUUACUUGAAUUACAGGCAGCAAAAAAUGAAAAAGACGCUGAUGAAUAUAUUGAAAUGAAAACACGUAUUGAACGUUUAGAAACUGAAAAAAAUGAAACACGUGAAUUACGUGAAAAAUUUGAUCGUGAACUUGAUGUUGUUGAAGAACAAUGGCGAAAAGAAGCAGAAAAUUUAAUGGCACUUGUUUCUAAAUUACAAGAUGAAAAUCGACGAUUACGUGAUGAUCUUGAACGUAAUAAUGAUUUACAUAAUAAAUCUGAUUUAGUUAAUCCAAUUGAAACUAUCAGUAUUACUCGUGAAGAACUUCAAUGUAUAAAAAAUUUAACAGAAGAAAAUAUUAAAUUAAAACGUAUGCUGAAAUCAAAAGAUAAAGAAUUAACACAAAAAACACUUGAUGUAGAAGCUAUUCAUGCUCAACUUGAACGUAUGUGUAAAGUCAAUUGUACAUUACGUCAAAAGAAUACAUUUACAACAAAUCAAUCACAACGAUUAAUGGUUGAAAAAUUGGAUUUAGAAGUUAAACUUAAAGAAAAAGAAAAUUUUAUUAAUCAAAUGAAAGAUCGUAUUGGUGAUGAUUUAAUAAGUCCAACUUCAUCUAUUAAUCCAAUCAAUGAUUUAGAAAGUUUAGAAGCAACUCAACCAAGAUUUACACUUGAAGAAUUGCGUCAAGUAUUAUGGGAACGAAAUGAAUUAAAAACAAAAUUAUUGGAAGUUGAAGAAGAAUUAAGAAUAUUUAAAGACCAAGAAGAUGAUGAUGGUAAUGGAGCUGUUGAAGGUCCAAUUCCAUUAGAACCCGAAGAAAAAUUAUAUGGUUAUAAACGAGAAGAAUCUAAAAUUCGGCAAUUCUUACGAUCUUUAUUUCCGUUAUCGAAAAACCCAUCUCCAUCGGAACCAAAUACACCAAUUGAAUCAUCAACACCAAUAUCAUCAGCAAUAACUAUUGAUCAAUCAUUUUCAACAUCUCUUUCAACAUCCAUUACAUCAAAUAGUUCAUCGUCAAAACGACUUUCUGUUGGAAGUCUUUUUGGUUACAAUCGAAAACCAUCUAAAACAAACAUGCCGUUGCUUUCACCACCACCAUCUGAAUAG